CUUCUCCUCCUUCUUAUUUCUUCUGUCUCGUUGUGCUCCGAUGGGCUCCGCGGACGCGCUGCUCGCAGGCGCAAUGAUCGCAGCCGUCCGGCCGCCGCCGCCGCCGCCGCCGGGGAUGCUCGUGCACCGGAGGACGAAGACGCGCAGGAAAAGGAGGAAGGAGUUCCUUGUGGGGCAGAUGUGCUUCUUGGGGGCGCUGCUGGUGGCCGUGGCUGGGGUCUCGAGCCUCGCGGGACGCGCAGGAUACAGCACGUCGGCUCAUCGUACCGACGACCGCUUCCAGGGGGGCAGCCGGAGGCUUCUGCAGGAGCACUGGAGCAAUGGCACGGAGGAAAGGGAUCUUUCCAAAAACUGCACUGAGCCUGCACUGCACGAGUUCCCCAAUGACCUGUUCUCGCACGAGGAGAGGACAAAGGGUGCGGUGGUCCUGCAUGUCCUCUGUGCCAUGUAUAUGUUCUACGCCCUGGCCCUCGUCUGCGACGACUACUUUGUUCCCUCCCUGGAGAAGAUCUGCGAGCGCCUGCACCUCAGUGAGGAUGUGGCGGGGGCCACCUUCAUGGCUGCCGGCAGCUCGGCCCCCGAACUCUUCACGUCCGUCAUCGGAGUGUUCAUCACCAAAGGUGACGUCGGUGUGGGAACUAUUGUGGGUUCGGCCGUCUUCAACAUCCUGUGCAUCAUCGGGGUGUGCGGCAUCUUCGCCGGCCAGGCCGUGCGGCUCUCUCACUGGACCCUGCUGAGGGACUCGGCGUUCUACACGCUGUCUGUGACGGCGCUCAUUGUGUUUAUCCACGAUGAAAAAGUCUCUUGGUGGGAGUCUCUGGUCUUGAUCCUGAUGUACCUGGUUUACAUUCUGAUCAUGAAGUUCAACUCGCGAGCACAGCGCUACUUCGAGAACCGGAAGAGGAGCUCUGUGAACCUCGCCAACGGCAUGACGGGCAACACGGAUAUGGACGACAGCAACUGCGACGCCACCGUAGUGCUGCUCAAAAAAGCCAGCUUCCCGUGCAAACCGUCCGUGCUGAUGGUGGACGAGCUGCUGUCGGCCUACCCUCACCAGCUGUCCUUCUCUGAGGCGGGCAUGCGCAUCAUGAUCACAAGCCACUUCUCGCCUCGCACCCGGCUCGCCAUGGCCUCACGCAUGCUCAUCAAUGAGAGGCAACGCUUGAUUAACAGCAGAUCCUUCAGUAACGGCGACUCGGACGGGGCAGUAAGGGUGCUGGGGCGGCGGGGCUUGGAGAAUGGACUGGGCGCAGCUGAGAGGGGCUUCAACGGGCACGGCAGGGGGAGGGGAGAGGACGACAGGGGAGGAGUCGAGGCUGGGAAUGACACAGAAAACGAGAAUGAGAACGAGGACAACGAAAACAACGAGAACGAUGAGGAAGACGAGGAGGAAGAGGAGAAUGAAGGGCCUUUCGUGCCAUUUCAAGCCCCAGCCGGGGCUUGUAACAAGUUCAAGUGGUUGGUGGCAUGGCCAAUCUGCCUGCUGCUCUUCUUCACCGUGCCCAACUGUGCGACGCCACGCUGGGAACGCUGGUUCAUGGUCACCUUUAUCUCCUCCACUCUCUGGAUUGCUGGCUUCUCCUACAUCAUGGUGUGGAUGGUGACUGUCAUUGGGUUCACGCUGGGCAUCCCUGAUGUCAUUAUGGGCAUCACCUUCCUGGCAGCUGGCACCAGCGUUCCUGACUGCAUGGCCAGUCUCAUUGUGGCACGACAAGGUCUUGGCGACAUGGCCGUCUCUAACUCUAUCGGCAGCAAUGUGUUUGACAUCCUCAUGGGGCUGGGCCUGCCCUGGACGCUGCAGACCCUGGCCAUCGACUACGGCUCCUACAUUCAUCUGAGCAGCAAAGGUCUUGUAUUUUCAGUUGGACUUCUGCUGGCUUCAGUCUUUCUCACAGUUCUCGGUGUGCACCUGAAUAAGUGGACCCUGGACCGGCGGCUGGGCUUCGUGUGUCUGCUCAUGUAUGCCGUCUUCCUCUGCUUCUCCAUCCUCAUCGAGUUCAACAUCUUCACCUUCGUCAACCUGCCCAUGUGUCGCGAGCUCCUCCUCUGACCGCACGGGCCCACAGCUCCCUUCUCUUCCUCAUGUUCCUCCUUGACAUCCAAGAUGACAGCCGCCUGCAUUUCUUUCCUAUUCAUGUGGAUCCUCUCUUUCGUCAUUUUUUUUUUUUUUUAUUAUUAUUUAUCUUCGGUGCAAUAUGAAUAAAGAUCCAGGGCGCUUGCUUGCUCCAAGGCUAGAACAAGAAGAGAAAGGAAGGCCAACGCAUACAGACAGACACACACACACACACACACACACACACAAGCAGGAUCUCUGAAACGGUUGAGGAGUAAAACCACAUGGACAGGAACUGUUUGACUGAUACCUGCUUGGAUGUGUGAACUGUUGUAUUUUACAGUUUUGUACGG